AUGAACUUUCAGCCAUCGCAUUUUGUGUGCUGCAUCUGCACGACCUCGUUCAUCCUCUGUCCACUCCCCUCCUGUCAACUUUGCGCCUCUCUCCUUUUCCCCCGUCGCCCUCUCUUUCUCCCCUCCCUCUCGUCGCCCUCUCUUUCUCUCGCCUUCGCGCUCUCCCUCCCGUCGCCUUUCCGCCCUCCCUCCCAUCGCAUGUCCGCCCUCCCUCCCACGCCUGUCCGCUCUCCCUCCCGUCGCCUGUCCGCCCUCCCUCCCAUCGCCUGUCCGCUCUCCCUCCCAUCGCCUGUCCGCCCUCUCUCCCGUCGCCUGUCCGCCCUCCCUCCCGUCUCCUGUCCGCUCUCCCUCCCGUCGCCUGUCCGCUCUCCCUCACGCCGCCGGUCCGCUCUCCCUCCCGUCCCUUGUCCGCUCUCUCUCUCGUCGCCUUCGCGCUCUCUCUCUCGUCGCCUUCGCGCGUCGCCUUCGCGCUCUCCCUCUCGUCGCCUUCGCGCUCUCUUUCCUGUCGCCUUCGCGCUCUUCCUCCCGUCGCCUUUCCGCCGUCCCUCCCAUCGCCUGUCCACCCUCCCUCCCAUCGCCUGUCCGCUCUCCCUCCCGUCGCCUGUCCGCCCUCCCUCCCAUCGCCUGUCCAUCAGAAAAAUGUAA